CAUGGCUUAAACCCUUCGGCAACGACGUGGUUAGAGAUAGCGGAUGCAAUCAGGGCGUUCUAUGGAGCGGAGCGUUUACCAGAGAUGAUCUCCUUCCAGGAGUGGGUGAGACGCCUGGAAAUGAGUGGACAUGAAGGCAAUGACGAUAAUAGAGCGCUAGUCAGCCGGAACCCCGGUUUCAAGCUCCUAGACACGUACCAUGACAUGGCGCAGGAAGGACAGGCAGGCCGGCCGCCCGUUGUUCUUUCGAUGCAGCGGACAGUUGCUCAGAGCCCGGCAAUGCGUCAGUGCAAGGCAAUCACAGCAGACUUGGUGAAGCGAUGGUGCAAACAAUGGGAUUUUUGA